GCGGUGGCGGCGGCGACGGCGGCCACGGCGGAGCCCGGGAGCCCGGCCUGAGCCUCGCUGGGAGCCGCGCGAGCCGGCUGCGGGCCACCAUGUCGGCGCCGUCGGAGGAGGAGGAGUACGCGCGGCUGGUGAUGGAGGCUCAGCCCGAGUGGCUGCGCGCCGAGGUGAAGCGGCUGUCGCACGAGCUGGCCGAGACCACGCGCGAGAAGAUCCAGGCGGCCGAGUACGGGCUGGCGGUGCUCGAGGAGAAGCACCAGCUCAAGCUGCAGUUCGAGGAGCUCGAGGUGGACUACGAGGCCAUCCGCGGCGAGAUGGAACAGCUCAAGGAGGCGUUUGGACAGGCGCACACGAACCACAAGAAGGUGGCUGCGGACGGUGAGAGCCGAGAGGAGAGUCUGAUCCAGGAGUCGGCCUCCAAGGAGCAGUACUAUGUACGCAAGGUGCUAGAGCUGCAGACGGAGCUGAAGCAGCUACGGAACGUGCUCACCAACACACAGUCGGAGAAUGAGCGCCUGGCCUCUGUGGCGCAGGAGCUGAAGGAGAUCAACCAGAACGUGGAGACCCAGCGUGGCCGCCUGCGGGAUGACAUCAAGGAGUAUAAGUUCCGAGAGGCCCGCCUGCUGCAGGACUACUCAGAGUUGGAGGAGGAGAACAUCAGCCUGCAGAAGCAGGUGUCUGUGCUCAGGCAGAACCAGGUGGAGUUUGAGGGCCUCAAGCACGAGAUCAAGCGUCUGGAGGAGGAGACUGAGUACCUCAACAGCCAGCUGGAGGAUGCCAUCAGGCUCAAGGAGAUCUCUGAGCGGCAGCUGGAGGAGGCGCUGGAGACCCUGAAGACGGAGCGGGAGCAGAAGCUCAGCCUGCGCAAGGAGCUGUCCCACUACAUGAGCAUCAACGACUCCCUCUACACCAGCCACCUGCACGUCUCCCUGGAGGGUCUCAAGCUCAGCGAUGACCCCGAGGCCCUGGCCAACGGCUUCGAGCACGGCGGCCUGGCCAAGCUGCCACUGGACAACAGGACCUCCACACCCUCCAAGGACGGCCUCGCCCCACCCUCCCCCAGCCUGGUGUCCGACCUCCUCAGUGAGCUCAACAUCUCCGAGAUCCAGAAGCUGAAGCAGCAGCUGAUGCAGAUGGAGCGGGAGAAGGUGGGCCUGCUGACAACACUGCAGGACACACAGAAACAGCUGGAGCAGGCGCGGGGAGCCCUGUCGGAGCAGCAUGAGGAGGUGAGCCGCCUCACAGAGAACCUCAGCGCUCUGCGGCGCCUGCAAGCCAGCAAGGAACGGCGGACGGCCCUGGACAGUGAGAAGGAGCGUGACAGCCAUGAGGACGGUGACUACUACGAGGUGGACAUCAAUGGGCCUGAGAUCUUGGCUUGCAAGUACCGUGUGGCCCUGGCAGAGGCAGGUGAGCUUCGCGAGCAGCUAAAAGCCCUGCGCAGUGAGCAUGAGGCUGGCGAGGCCCGGCAUGCAGAGGAGAAGGGCCAGCAUGAGGCCGAGAGCCAGGCGCUCGCUGAGAAGGUCUCCCUGCUGGAGAAGGCCAGCUGCCAGGACCGCGAGCUGCUGGCCCGGCUGCAGGCGGAGCUGAAGAAGGUGAGUGACGUCGCUGGUGAGACGCAGGGCAGCCUGAGCGUGGCCCAGGAUGAGCUGGUGACCUUCAGCGAGGAGCUGGCCAACCUCUACCACCACGUGUGCAUGUGCAACAAUGAGACGCCCACCCGCGUCGUGCUGGACUACUACCGAGAGGGCCCGGCCGGCACCGGCCACUGCAGCCCUGAGGCCCGUGGGCACCGCUCGCCCGUCCUGCCCAAAGGGCCGCCAGCCACAGAGGGCGGGGCGGGGGACAGCAACCCCUCGCCCAGCCCCUCUCUGCCCUCGCCCCUGAGUGACCCGCGUCGGGAGCCCAUGAACAUCUAUAACCUGAUUGCCAUCAUCCGCGACCAGAUCAGGCACCUGCAGGCGGCCGUGGACCGCACCACAGAGCUGUCCCGGCAGCGCCUGGCCUCUCAGGAGCUGGGCCCUGCUGCGGAUAAGGACCGGGAGGCGCUCAUGGAGGAGAUCCUCAAACUGAAGUCACUGCUGAGCACCAAGCGGGAGCAGAUCACCACCCUGCGCACGGUGCUCAAGGCCAACAAGCAGACAGCCGAGGUGGCCCUGGCCAAUCUGAAGAGCAAGUACGAGAAUGAGAAGGCCAUGGUGACCGAGACCAUGAUGAAGCUGCGCAACGAGCUGAAGGCCCUCAAGGAGGACGCCGCCACCUUCUCCUCCCUGCGCGCCAUGUUCGCCACCAGGUGUGACGAGUACAUCACGCAGCUGGACGAGAUGCAGCGGCAGCUGGCCGCCGCAGAGGACGAGAAGAAGACGCUCAACUCCCUGCUGCGCAUGGCCAUCCAACAGAAGCUAGCGCUCACCCAGCGGCUGGAGCUGCUCGAGCUGGACCACGAGCAGACCCGGCGGGGCCGCGCCAAGGCCGCCUCCAAGGCCAAGCCGGGCACCCCGAGCGUAAGUCACACCUGCGCCUGUGCCGGCGACAGGGCCGAGGGCGCCGGGCUCACCACCCAGGUGCUCUGCGGUGAGAAGUAUAACAUCUACUGCGAUUAGGGCCACGGGGCCUCAGCUGCAGCGGCCCUGCGGCACGCCACCUGCCCGCUUCACCUGCACUAACCCAGCAGCAGUGGGACUGCGGUGCUAGGCUGCUCUUAACCGUGACUAAUGCACAGAGGGAAGGAUUUGGCCGAGGCGGCGUGCUGUUCCACCUGGACCCUGUGAGCUCUGUGUCUGUUCUCACCCCUCGGGACCGCCCCUCACAGCAGCUACUCUGGGGGGGGGGGGGUGUCAAGGUGGGUCAGAGCCACAUGUCCUUGCACACACGUGGUUCCCAGUGUGCUGUUGGCUCCUGCAGAGGGUGGGGGAUGGGGCAGAACCCGAGCUGAACUUGCAUGUCCCUGCAUGUGUCUGAUGAGGUGGCGCCGCCCCAGCACCGGAAACAGUGUUAGAGGUUCUGGCCCGAGCGCCAGGCACAGCGUCAGAGGCCGUGCAGAGCUUGGCAUAGUUUACAGAGGAUUCCUUUGCGGUUUAUGUGGCAUCUCACUGCACAUCACAUUUGGGACACAAUUCCCUCCCCCACGCCUAGAAGAAUAGUAGCCCCAAGCCCUGCGUCCUCCGGCCCGGGCACAGGGCACUGCUCGUGGGGCACAGAGCUUAGCAGUCUCAGCCUCUCUUUCUGAGGCUGCACACCUGUCUGCUGACCUGUGAGGUGACACGUUGGCAGGCCCAAGGCCUGGGUUUUUUUCGUGAGAAAAACUUAAGUGCCUGGCCAGACCCUUUCCUCACAGGAAGCCCAUCCUUUUGUACUUAGGGUGUCCCAGCCUUCAGGGCAGGUUUCUUCACUCUGUGCUCAUCAUCAGACCCCCCAGAACAGGGCUCUGGAAACCCCCAGCAGAUGAGCUGAAACAAGGGACUCCCACAUCUGCAGCCAGAGCCCAGCCUAGGGUGGGGAGGGAGCCCCGCAUGGCCUUGGGCCUGUUCCAGGACACGCGCAGGACACGGAUGGUUCCCCCUCGUCGGUGUGGUUCCAGAUGUGGGACAGGCAGCAAAGGGAGCUGUAGGACUUCCCGUUCCCAGAGCUGGCAGCCACAGGCCACUUGAGGCCCCAUGUUCAGAAGCAGGACUUUGCAGUAUUUCUCUCCCUGUUGCCCGUGGGGGCUGCCAGACACGAGGCUUCUGUCUUUUCCCUGAAGGGCUCCUUGCCUGAUCUCUCCGUGGCCCAGAGGGGGUUUGCGUUGCCCCUCAUACAGCUCUCACCUUGGUUCCCAAGCGCGUCUCGGUCCCCACCAGACUCCAGGCACUGCACAGACUGCCUUGGGUUUGGCAGACAACUGGAGUGGGGAGAGGUGGACCAGGCCACACCAGCCCCCAGCUCCAGGCUGCCUUGCUGAUGGGCUGUCGGGUCUCGGAUCCCCCUCCCCUCCUGAGGAGGGGUCAGGCCGUCCCCUCUGCAAGCAGGUCUUCCAGGGGCAUGGCUGCCCGCCAGCCCCGCACGCCGCUUCCGCCCGCCACCGAGCCUGGCACGCAGCUUCUCUCCAUACUUGCAGGGGUCUUCCUGAGGCACUGGGGCUGGUGGCCCCCCCUAACACAUGCAGGUCUUCUCUGCCGCCGACUAACGCACCACAUCCUCACCCAGCCAGAGCUUCGGUUGUCUGAGUGGUGCCGGUUCUAAUGCUGUCUUGUUUUCUCCCGUUUUCAGCUGUAGAGUAGCUGCCGGGAGGACUCGGCCGUGGCCCUGUCACACUGCAGCCCCUCCCCCUCCCGUGGGCCCACGCAGAGGAAGGAAGGGCAGCCUAAAAGUCCACUUAGAAACGUGUUUGGAUAUGCCACUGCAUUUCUUUCCAAGUUAGCAUUCCCUGAGUGUUUAGUGGCAGAGGCAAGAAAGCUUUAAUGUUGAGAAUGCCACCAGCUGCUGCCUGGAAGGCCCUUUGCACAGCGCCGAAGAACCUGCCUGGACAGCGGCCACCAGGCUCGCUCAGAAACCCGCUAGAAACGCUCGACACCGGGCCUCCCUGCUACAGAUGCCCUUUCUUAUCCGAUCAACCUGUGCACUUUUGAUAUUUUGAUAUUAUAUUUGCUUCCUUAAUCCCUCCCAUAGAGACGGUCUCAGAUGCUGUGGUCUGUCUCGUGGUUCUGUAGUUCUGUCUUAGCUCCCGCCGUGUUGAUCUGACGUCGGCACGUGGCACAGAUGUGUUUUCCUAGCGUGUAGCUCUAGACUGUUUAGAUGAAGGCCUCGACCCGGCAAGGAGCUCAGCGAGACGUAUCCACGCUGUGGUUCAGCAGCCUUUUAGGUCAUACGGCAUUACGGUUCAUGUUUGAAAUUACAGAUUUUAAAUGCCAUGUUCAUUAAGAAAUCCAGGGUAUUUCCGAUUCUGGGGUUUUUCAUAUCGUAUUAUUAUUAUUCUUAGGAAUAGUUCAAUGUAACAAGAAGAAAACUUGACCUUUGCUCUGGUUAAACAGUAAUAGGCACUUGAAAACAAAAAGAUAAAUUAUUGAGUGAGUAGUAUUACCUACAAAUUCCAGAAUCUUCUGGGUUUUAGGACAUUGUGAAGCAUGACUGAUUAACAGAAUUUUAUACAACUGUACCAGUGAAAUUCCAAAUUGGAAUUGUUUUGUUACUCUGGUUGUUGUGCCAAAUUGUGGUACACUUAGAAAAUCCUACAGUCGUCGAUUUUUAGGGUGUUCUAUUUCAACGCCUUCUUGUUAGUAAUCAUUACCAGUAGUGCCUUCAUCAGUUAAGGGAGGUGUCCCAGCGUAGUUGAUGCUCUAAAAUGGACGGUGAAGAGCUAGUUGGGAAUGCUGAAGGCCAGGGUAGACCAAUAGGUGUGAACGGGCGCACACCUUCAUACCUGAACCUGGGCAUCUUCAUUGAGGGAAAGAAAACAGCAAUUGUGCAAAAUUCUGUUAGUCAGUGAUUCUUUACCAUGCAGAUCCUUGCAAAUUCAGGGGCUGAGAAAAGGAAAGUGAACACACACACGUUGAGUGUGCUUUGGGAACCAAAUGGACCUGAGGGACAAGCUAAGCAAGCGGUGCGAACAACAUGCCACGUUUGUGAAGAGCGGGAGGCAGGGUGCCGGUGCAGUCGGCCUCGUGCGGUGGGGUGAGGGCUAGCCAUAGUAUUCUUUGCAAAUGUGAGGAAGAGACGUUCUAUAUUCUCUUGCUUGGUGUAACUAAUCACUGUUAAUUUCAGGAAACAGAACUCGACAAAGCCCCUCAGCAAUCCAGGGCUGUGUCUUGUCCGGUUUGCUGAGGGAGGCUGUGCUUAUGGUAAAAUUGGUACUCACAGAGGAAGAAAGUGUCCUCUCUCCUCCAAAAUAAAGGACAAAUUACAAUAAUGUAUAAGUAGCAAGAAUAAAAGAAUUCUGUUUCCUGGAAUAAGCAUUUCUUAUUCCUAGUUGUAGGGACCCCUAUUUUUACCUUAUAUUACAGUGUUGAUUCAUAAGAAAUGUUACAUUUACGAUAACUUCAUCUGUAUGGGGUAUUUAUUUGCAAUGAUGUCUGAGUACUGUAUUUUUUUCUGUGCAUUACCUUAGUGUCAGAAUGUUGUCUUUAUUUUAAGAUCAUAUGCAUGUUCUCCUGCCAAGGAACCUUUACACAGACCCAAACAGACAAACAAAAAAUGCCUUCCGAUUCUGAGAAAAUGAGGCAGAGCGUGGAAAAGGAGUAGGAAGGAGCAAUCAGUCUCAACUUGGGACAUGGGCGUAUGGCACGAAUGUCUGCAAAGCCAGUGCACAUAGGAACAGUGGGCCUGGUAAAGGUCAUGUUGGUAGGACCAAUAAAUAAAGAAUAAUACAAAAGCA